AUUAGAACAUUAGGAAGGAAAGUAGAGGAAUAAAAAAUGGGUGCUUCUCAAUCUCAGGAACCACAGUUUCAGCUACACUCACAACAUCAUCAACAACAACAGCAACAACAAGAGCAACAAAUACAAUCACAUGAACAUGUCAGAAGAGUAUCAUGGUCGUUGUCUCCUGAAGGCAACACAAAAUCCUCCAAGAAUACCACAAAGAUGGUAAAUAAUGCCAAUGAGACUCAAUCUUCGAUGCCAGUGAAACCAUGGAAUUUUGAAGGAGCGAUCCCACACAACUAUGAACAUAUACUCAAAGAUGCAGACUCUCCGGUUGGUAAUUCUUCCAACCGGGGAAAGCUGUUGGAUCAGCUAUAUGCUGGGGUGUUCUUAGCUCACAAAACAAAGAAAUAUUGGGUAGAGAAGAAGUCCAACAGCAACUGUUUCGUGUUGUAUGCAAGAGCACUCUCAAUCACCUGGGCAGAAAAUCAAAACUAUUGGAAAUGGGAACAACAGAAAGAAGAAAGUGGCACGAUGAUAGAGUUGGCUAAACUGAAAAAGGUAUGCUGGCUAGAAGUGCAUGGGAAAUUUGAGAUUGGAAUGGUUUCACCAGGAGUUUUGUAUCAAGUGUCAUUUAUUGUGAUGUUGAAAGAUUCAGCUGAAGGGUGGGAAUUUCCUAUAAAUGUUAGACUUGUUCUUCCUGGAGGGAGGAAACAAGAGCACAGAGAAAAUUUAAUGGAGAAGUCAAGGGAAAGGUGGAUAGAGGUUCGAGUAGGUGAGUUUGUGGCCUCUGAAAAAGAUGUUGGCGAGAUGGAGAUCUCCAUGUAUGAAUAUGAAGGUGGCAUCUGGAAAACUGGACUUAUCAUUCAAGCUGUUGCCAUCAAACCAAAGAAUUAACAAACACUUUCUACUUAACUUGUUUUUCUCAUCGAUGUCUGUAUCCAAACAAUUUUUUUCAAUACUAGUUUUUAAAUAAUUAUUUGCA